GAAGAAGAAGUCAUUGGAGUAUGCCGGAGGAUGUGCCGAGUGGAUUGCGCGCGCAAACGUACCGGUGUCAUCCGUGUCAUUUCUAACGCGUGCCUGGGAGCGCACGGAGGCCUUACCCAUCUCCGACAUCUCGGUCCGACCUUGAAACAAUCUGCGGCGACUCGAGAGAGGUUUCGCCUUGGGUAAUCGGUGCCGCGGACUCGAAAACUAGGCCUGUGUCCGCGGUGACGUCGCCGUGCCGCAUCGAUGUUGUUACGGAGCGGCGUUCUUCAACCGAUGCCAGUCCCAGGAACGUCAGUUGAACAGCGUCAUCUUAAUGUCCACUUUAGAUCCGUCUCUCUAAAGACGGUGCGGAGGACGGUGCAUCGAGCGAGCCUUAAUUAAUCUCGACGGUUCACGGCGAUGGCUUUAGGCGUGCCCCGCAGGGAUACCUGAAGAAAAUGAACCCACGAUCUCAGAGGUGUGAAUUAAGGUGAAUGCUAAUCCUCCCCGAUCUUUGAUCCUUUAAUCUUUAAUUAUCGCAUGUGCAAUUAGUUAUGACUCUCGUGGACAUUUUCCAUGUUAUUUUUAAACGGCUGAAGAACACUGACGUAGAGGCCGACGUCGUAGCCCGCGGUGGAGGCGGCGAGAGGAAGAGAGAGAUAUACGGAGGAGGACGAGGUGGAGGAGGCAGACGGAGGUGCGCGCGUUCGCAGUAACGAAACAAAUAGGCCGGCGACUUUCACCGCGCGACCAAGAGCGGCUAUGCGGCGGCGGAGGCGCGGACCAGCUCGCAGUCAGACCCCACAGAGUUGGAGAGUCGCGACCGUUCUUGGGGGCCCCCUGAGUCGUCGAAUCCGUCGUCUGGCCGCGUUCCCGGCUACCCUCCUUUCCCCCCGCAAGGUUCCCCGGACCGUUUUCCUCCGCGGGCGGACCUGCAUCGAGCCAGCGGCAGGCUCGCAGUCUCCUUUCGAACCUCGGGAGGCUCUCUGCGGUUCUCCUCUUGCAGCGAUCUCGGUGCUCGCACGUGAUCGCCUGCACGCCACAUCCGGGGGCGGUCAAAAAAUCGCACGCGUGACUCGUUCGCGCGCGGCGAACAGCGGCUACGUGGUACCAACGACCUAUCCGCCGCCUUCAGUCCCUCGACCGGUUCACGUCCGGUGAACCCGCAAGAAUUCACGGCGGUCGUCGCACUCUCGUCGCGUCUGCUGAUGGACGAUACCAGCGGGAUGUGUCCCCGAGGACGUCGUUGACAUCAAAGAGAGAGAAAGGGGAGAGAGAGAGAGAGAGAGAGAGCAAGAAAGAGGAAAAGACUAGUCGGCGACGGCGAGGAGCGCGAGGAAGAAGACGCGCUGUGUUGCGUGCUCCGGCACGAGAGAAAUGCACGGGCGUGGACUCGACGAGACUGAGUGACACACGAUGACACGACGACGAUGGUCGGUCCGCGGCAUCGGCUCGCGGCUCUGUGCGAUCACUUGGACAUUUUGGAUCAUAUUACCUGCUAGAACCGGAGCGGGACUUAGUUAUGCGGACAACAAACAGAGGUACGAUGGGUUUUACAACAAUUUGGCUCAUCCUGAUUGGGGAGCAAUUGACAGUAGGCUUAUUCGAAAGGUCCCAGCGGCAUAUUCCGACGGCGUGUAUGCGAUGGCUGGUCAAAAUAGACCAUCUCCUCGGAAGCUCAGCGACUUGUUCAUGCAAGGCGACGAUGGUCUGCCAUCGGUGAAAAAUCGGACUGCGUUAUUUGCUUUUUUCGGACAGCUGGUCACGUCGGAGAUAAUCAUGGCCAGCGAAAGUGGUUGCCCCAUAGAAUUUCAUCGGAUCGACGUGGACAAAUGCGAUCCGGUUUUCGACAAGGAGUGCCAAGGUAACAAGUAUAUUCCGUUCCUCCGAGCGGAUUACGACCGUCAAACCGGCCGCAGUCCCAACAGCCCACGGGAACAGAUAAACAAGGUGACGAGCUGGAUCGACGGUAGUUUCGUCUAUUCGAGUAGCGAGGCGUGGGCCAACACAAUGCGCUCAUUCAAGAACGGCAGCCUUCUCAUGGAGCAGACGAGACAAUUUCCCGUGAGGAACACCAUGCGCGCGCCCCUCUUCAAUCACGCGGUGCCGCAUGUCAUGCGAAUGCUUAGCCCGGAGCGCUUAUUUCUGCUCGGCGAUCCAAGAACGAAUCAACACCCACCACUGUUAGCUCUGGGAAUCUUAUUCUAUCGGUACCACAAUGUCAUAGCCGCUCGCGUGCAAGAGGAACAUCCCGAUAUGUCCGACGAAGAAAUCUUUCAAAAAGCACGCCGGAUAGUCAUCGGAACGAUUCAGAACAUAAUUUUUUACGAGUAUCUACCGGCAUUUUUAAAUGAGGACCUGCCAUCGUACACUGGUUACAAGCCAGAUUUACAUCCGGGUAUCAGCCACAUAUUUCAAAGCGCCGCUUUUCGUUUCGGUCAUACUCUUAUACCACCAGGCAUAUACCGACGAAAUGAAAAUUGCGAGUACAGGAAAACGAAUAUGGGCCAACCAGCUAUCAGAUUAUGUUCCACUUGGUGGGAUUCAAACGAAGUUUUGGCUAACAGCACAAUCGAAGAGCUAAUUAUGGGCAUGGCGUCGCAAUUGGCGGAGAAAGAGGACACUCUUCUCGGUACUGAUAUCCGGAACAACCUAUUUGGCCCCAUGGAAUUCUCGCGCAGAGAUCUCGGCGCUCUAAACAUUAUGCGGGGUCGUGACAACGGUCUGCCAGACUAUAAUACGGCCAGAGAGUAUUUCAAGUUAGCCAAACGAAAAACGUGGAACGAGAUCAACCCGGGACUGUUCAGUAAGAAUUCGUCGUUACUACGCACCCUCAUUGAGAUCUACUCCAACAAUCUCAACAACAUUGACGUCUACGUUGGCGGAAUGCUCGAAUCCAAGGACGGACCCGGUGAGCUCUUCACCGCGGUCAUAAAGGAGCAAUUUCUACGUUUGCGAGAUUCCGAUAGAUUCUGGUUUGAAAACGAGGAGAAUGGCAUUUUCACGAAAAAUGAGAUAGAAGUAAUACGUCGUGUUAGUCUCUGGGACGUGAUCAUAAAUGCCACUGAUAUACCAUCCGAUGCGAUACAGAGACGAGUAUUCAUUUGGCAAGACGGUGAUCCGUGUCCUCAACCCUUCCAGUUAAAUUCGACGAUACUUGAGCCUUGUGUUCCCUUACAACGUUACGAUUAUUUUGAGGGAAGUGAACUUGUUUAUAUCUAUGCCUGCGUCUUCCUUGGAUUCGUUCCAAUUCUCUGCGCUGGUGCGGGAUACGGAUUGGUAAAAUUGCAAAACAGACGGCGGCGAAGAUUAAAGAUACUUCAAGAGGCAAUUCAAAAGCGAAGCGACGGGAUUUGCGUCGACAAAAUGAUCGUACGUGAGUGGUUGCACGCGAAUCAUCGCCGUCUCGUAAAGGUGAAAUUCGGGCCGGAAGCAGCGUUGCACAUUGUCGAUCGGAAAGGAGAGAAACUUCGUACGUUCGAUUUUAGUGGCGUCAACACUAUAACUAUGGAGGAAUCACAGGAGAGCGAAACCGGACAUCGUAAGGCCCUAGUGCUGUUACGUAUACCGCGCGAUUACGACCUUGUCCUUGAACUCGAUUCGCUGGCUUCGCGUAGAAAGUUCAUUGCGAAAUUAGAGGCGUUCUUGGCGUCGCAAAAAAAGCAUUUCACACUCACGCCAAUCGCGCGGGAUAUCAUGUUGGCAAAGGCGGAAACCAAAGAGCGCCGGCAAAAGAAGCUCGAGCAGUUCUUCAGAGAAGCGUACGCUUUAACCUUUGGUUUACGGCCUGGUGAACGAAGACGUCGAUCCGACGAUAGCGAUACCGGAGAAGUCGUCACCGUGAUGCGUACUUCAUUAUCCAAGAGUGAAUUCGCGAGUGCCCUCGGCAUGCGGCCCGACGCAGUCUUCGUAAAGAAAAUGUUCAACAUCGUCGACAAGGACGGUGACGGUCGGAUUUCUUUCCAGGAAUUCUUGGACACGGUUCUGCUGUUCUCGCGCGGCAAGACCGAGGACAAGCUGCGCAUAAUCUUCGACAUGUGCGAUAAAGAUAGCAAUGGAGUGAUUGACAAGGAAGAGCUGUCGGAAAUGUUGAGGUCGUUAGUAGAGAUAGCGCGUACCACGAGCCUCUCGGAUGAUCACGUCACCGAACUAAUCGAUGGCAUGUUCCAAGAUGCUGGCCUCGAGAGGAAGGAAUACCUCACGUACAACGACUUUAAAUUGAUGAUGAAGGAGUACAAGGGCGACUUCGUCGCAAUCGGUCUUGACUGCAAGGGCGCUAAGCAGAACUUCCUCGACACGUCGACGAACGUCGCACGCAUGACCAGCUUUCACAUCGAUCAAUUGCCGUCGGAGGACUCGAAGAGUUGGACGCGCAAACAAUGGGACGCCGUGUCGACCUUCGUCGAGGAGAACAGGCAGAAUAUUUUCUACCUCUUCGUGUUCUACGUGGUCACCAUAGCGCUCUUCGUCGAGAGAUUUAUCCAUUACUCUUUCAUGGCGGAACACACGGAUCUGAGGCACAUUAUGGGCGUGGGAAUCGCCAUAACCAGAGGAUCGGCGGCCGCCCUGUCCUUCUGUUACAGUCUGCUGCUACUAACGAUGUCGCGCAACCUGUUGACGAAGCUGAAGGAAUUCUCAAUCCAGCAGUACAUCCCGCUGGACUCGCACAUACAGUUCCACAAGAUCGCAGCAUGUACGGCACUUUUUUUCUCUGUGCUGCAUACGGUCGGUCACAUAGUCAACUUUUAUCACGUUUCCACGCAGCCGAUAGCGCAUUUACGCUGCCUCACCAGUGAAAUCAGCUUUCCCAGCGAUGCGCGGCCUACUAUCUCCUUUUGGCUGUUUAGAACAGUGACCGGUUUGACUGGUCUUCUUCUCUUCGUCGUCAUGACGAUCAUCUUCGUCUUCGCGCAUCCCACCGUACGGCAGAAGGCCUACAAAUUUUUCUGGUCGACGCACAGUCUCUAUGUGGUUCUGUACGCGUUGUGCCUGAUUCACGGCCUAGCUCGUUUGACAGGCGCGCCACGAUUCUGGAUAUUCUUCGUCGGCCCGGCGAUCAUCUACGCGUUGGACAAAGUCGUGAGCCUGCGAACCAAAUAUAUGUCCUUGGAUAUCAUCGAGACGGAACUGCUACCCUCGGACGUAAUAAAAAUCAAAUUCUACAGGCCACCGAACUUGAAGUAUUUAUCAGGCCAAUGGGUACGUCUCGCCUGCACUGCCUUCAGAUCCAACGAAUUCCAUUCAUUUACGCUGACAUCGGCGCCGCACGAGAACGUUCUUUCGUGCCAUAUAAAAGCCCAGGGACCGUGGACGUGGAAACUGCGAAAUUAUUUCGAUCCCUGCAAUUACAAUCCGGAAGACGAGCUUCCUAAGAUUCGCAUCGAGGGUCCGUUUGGCGGUGGAAAUCAGGAUUGGUACAAGUUCGAGGUCGCAGUCAUGGUUGGAGGCGGUAUCGGUGUCACCCCGUACGCCUCGAUGCUCAAUGAUCUUGUGUUUGGAACGUCCACCAACAGAUAUUCUGGAGUUGCGUGCAAGAAGGUCUAUUUUCUGUGGAUCUGCCCGUCGCACAAGCAUUUCGAAUGGUUCAUUGACGUUCUCAGGGACGUCGAGAGGAAAGACGUUACAGACGUACUUGAAAUCCACAUAUUCAUUACGCAAUUCUUUCACAAGUUCGAUUUGCGUACUACUAUGCUGUACAUAUGUGAGAAUCACUUUCAGAGGCUAUCGAAGAAGAGUAUAUUCACUGGACUCAAAGCCAUCAAUCACUUUGGCCGGCCGGACAUGACGUCGUUCCUGAAAUUUGUUCAGAAGAAACACAGCUACGUUAGCAAAAUAGGAGUAUUCAGCUGUGGACCGCGUCCCCUGACGAAAAGCGUCAUGUCGGCCUGCGACGAAGUGAACAAGACUCGGCGCUUGCCGUACUUCAUUCACCACUUCGAGAACUUUGGCUAGUCGGAUGCACUGCUCCCGAAUUUGCGUGAAACAAUGAGUCACACCGUGGUCGGUGGCAGUACUUCAUCGCAAAUUUGGACGGUUUACUACAGCGUGUACAUAUUUAUGCGCUAGCGCGCCGCUUUUCAUUAUUUAUGAGUUAUAUCGCGUAUUAUAUUUCUUAUUUAUGAACGAGA